AUGUUGAAGAUACUGCAGUGGUUUACCUUGCUCCCAUCACAUACCGGAGGACUAAUGAGAAGAAAUCAGAAGGAUCAGCAACAAAACCAGCCAGGAGAUCAGGAAAAACAGCAAGGCCUACAGCAACCAAGCCAAAUAAAUAGCGACGACGACUAUCAGACGAUCAAAAAGCAGACUAUCCGACCUCAAAACCAAAUAAAUGGCAAUUUGGGUAAACUUCAAGAUGUUAUUAAUGGUAACUUUCAGUUGAUUUCGAAUCCUGAGAAGUCGAGCAUGCAGCAUCUUUUAUGGCGCCGUCUGCUUAGAAGCCUAGGCAUUUCUUCUUCAUGCGAAAAAUACCCAGUCUUCUGGGAAGACAGAGCCUACCAAACAAGUGGAGUUUAUAUAAUCGAUCAAAAUGAGCUACCAAAACAACGUAGCACCAAUCAGCAAAAUAUUUUGUCCUAUCUCCGAAAUCAGCUGUUACAACAAACAGAGGAACCAAUGCUGAGAGAAACGCAUUUCGGCAGUCAGAUGGCGAGUCCUGAGAGCGACGGUAGACAAGCUCCACCGAGACAAGUCAAUCAGUAUCCUCUGACGUUUCCAGCAUCAAUAACGUUGGAUUCAGUUCCAGAUGCAAUCAUCGCUGGCGGAUAUAGAGAGAUUCCGAGGAUCACUAUUUCCGAACAUGAAAGAGGCAGUUCACCUCCAAGUAGGUCAUACUUUGUCGACUAUCAUGAAUGA